GGGUGGUUGAAAGCAUAACAUAUGCAUUAGUGGGGAAUAAUCACGAUUACGGGGCUAAUUUUCCUGACCCGAGAGCGCCAGUGCCACUAGGAAGAACCAAUGAUAGCUGAGUAUUCAGCUGACUCGGACGCGGUAAUCUUCCCUUCCUAUUUUUUUGGGGGCCGCUUUUUCCAAUCGCGUGUUGCUUUCAGCCCAAAUUCCCAUCCCAUCUUGUCUGUCUGUCUGUUCCAUCCACACAACCAGCAAUUCACACAUCGAACGCAUCUCCCCAGAUUUUUUCCCUUUCCCUUUCCUAUUAUCGUCGAUAUUAGGGACUGGUACCCUCUCCUGCAGCACACAUCGUCUUCAGAGUUCCAGCUUACCCUUUUGUUGUUUUUUAUUUUUAUUUUUGUAAUCAUCCUUUUAUUCCCCAACCUUUUUUUUUGUCGCCCGCGCCCGCGCUUAGCACCAAGUCGCUGUACACACACAUAUCGCGCGACACCAGCAAACAGCGCCUUACCUCACUUGACAUUUACCAUUUACAUCCAUCCAGAGACGCACACACAACACAUACGUUCGUGUCUCUAGCCUCAACUAUCCGUAAUACCGGCAUAAUAGCAGUUUAAUAGCUAACCUCUUUAUCGGGUGAGCUACCGCGUGUCUUCAAGAGCUACUACGAUUUGCUGCUGAGUUGCUCGUUGUUUACGGAUAGUGGGUAGGCUGGAGAAGUUGGUGUUCGGCGUUCGCUGCCUGUGGUCGGUUUUCUCCUGCAUGCAAUACAUACAUACGCCUGUCUACACUACCUUGAACACUACCUACGCUACCUACGCUACCUA